AGAAAGAGAGAGAGAGAGAGAGAGAGAGAGAGAUCUUCCUGCUGGCAACGACAUGAACCUAGCAACUUGUAGGACUCUAAAGGGCUCCUGAAGUUAUUGAGAAGGGAAAAAAGAAACAAAAAUGGAUUUGAUGGAAAAAACUGACCUGGAUAACCAGAUGACUGUAUUACAAGGUGCAGCGAUGGAGGAGGAAGGGGCUCAGAGUAUAAACGACGAAAUCGAGGAUUUGAGUAACAGCCUGAGAGAAAUAGUCCAAGAAGAGGUAGUGAAGCCCAAACUUCAGUGCCUGAUGAUGGAUCCAGCUUUCUCAAUGGUAACACUACAGAACGAGGACAGCGGGAUCCUCUGGGAGACGGCAUCUAGCCGCUGCUCUAUACCUUGGGUUUCGGAAAUCAGUUCUCCUGCCCCAGAUCUCUGCAACAGCCUUGUUCCAAGAUGUCCAACCAGUCCAGGUUCAGAAACGGCAGGUAGAAUCAUCUUUAUAAUGGACGAGGAUCAUAUGAUCAGGAGGAAGAAGAAGAAGCGGAAUAAAGUGCCUGAGAAGCUACCAAUGAUAACAGACGAAGUGCCAGAAGAACCAGAUAGGCCGGCCAUGGUGGAGGUCUCCGUUCCCAAUGUGACAGUCGAGAAAGAAAAAGAGGACGAAAGGAAAGACUCGAAAGAAGCAAGAAAGCAGCGUUUGUUCUGCCUGGUCUCUGAGGGAUCAGAGAUUCUGAAUAUUGUUGUACCCCCCAAGGUGUCCACGGUGGAUGAGGAGGAGAGCAAAGGGCUAGUAGAUAACUUGUCUUACCUUGAAGACACACCUGUUAUAAAAGCCAGUGAGUUCCCUGAAGAACCUGAGUCAUCUGAGGAGACAGAAAAUCUGGAACAUCUUCAAGCUACAGUCCAGGCAGAAUCAGAGCCUUUAGCUUUGCCAUUACGGAUCAAGCAAGCACAAAAACAAGGUACAAGCGAGGACUAUUUUGAGAAAUUCACACUCUUGGACCAUCAGGCACCAUCAGCAGUUUCUACAGUAGAUGCUAACCAAGAGCCUGAGACCACCACUGAGCAAGGAGAUCUUUAUGAGGGGGAAGAUAAUGCCAUCGAUGGAAAACCAGCACCAGAAGGUUCCGAUGAUUCUGUAUCUAUCAGUGGACUGGAGAUCAUCAGCGAACAUGUGGAUGAGGUGUUUUAUGGAGGUGGACAAGAUCCAGAUUUCCAAAACACAACAAAGGGGGCCAAUAAAGAAGAGGAGCAGCCAAAAUCACCCUUAAAGAAAAGUGGAAGUGCCCUAUUUGGUAGCCAAGAGUCAAUCCUUACUCCGAUUUUUCUACCUGAAGGACCUCAGAAAAUCAUAGAUCUUGUCCUGUUGGAGGAACCAAAGGCCAUGGCGUUUAUGUACUCAGAUUUGUAUGCAGACGCCAUAGGAAGCAGGAAGAAGCAAGACGAUACUGAGAGCGUGACUUCAGAAAAGUCCUUCCACAGCCAGGAGUCUGACUUCGAAGACAGAGGUUACUUGGAGAAAUUUGUGCUUAAAGAUGAAACUCCAGUGACUCAGGUGGAUCCAUUACAUGAUGACUGUAAAGAGGAUGGCAUUAGGAUGUGGUCACAGGAUGCAUUUGGCUUGAAACAAAACGACAAGGAUGAGACAGGAACGCUGGACGAUGUGGAUGAAAUCACUGAUUUCUUUAGGAAUAGUGCUAACUCUUCUCCAUGUGAACCUAUCCAGCUACAUCAGGUGGAACCAGAAGAAACGAGAAUGGAGUCUAGGACUCGACGAGUCGUUUUUCAGGAUGAAGGACAGAAAGGGACAGCUGAAGAGGACAUGGACAUUGCAGAAGCAUUUUUACCACUUGACAUUGGCGUAGAUCCACUAGCACUUGAGGCAAGCUUGAAAACUGCAGACUACAAAUCAGUCAUUACUGAAUAUGCUGCCAAAACUUGCACAGCCACACCAAGCAAAUCAGAAAAAACUAAGUUUUCCUCCAAAGCGAAACCUCCAAAACAUGAUUUUAUCCCAAUCCAUGUUCCGCAAACCGUGAAACCCAUAACACCUCGUUACAAACCCUUCCUGGAGCUGACCCCGUUACUUCCAGUAGAAAUGCCUGAGGAAGAUAGACAGAAAGAAAGAGAAGGAAGUGACAAAGUUUGUUCAUCCACAGUUAAAGGAGAAGAGGCCUCAGUAGAAGCCCAGGUCUAUAAGCAAAUCACCCAGGAGGAGGCAAGAGAAUCUGCCCCCAUGCCUCAGCAGUGCUCAUUCACAGGAAGAGAGGAUACCGACUUGAGUCGGCUGGAUAUCCUGUAUGAUGCUGUUGAGGCGGAUAAUGAGACUGUAGGUAUUCCAGUGUCAUAAUAUUAAAAAUUCACGCUAGAAGUUAUAAGAACCUUGAUCUGUAUAUGUUCACCUGGACACUGCCUAUGUAGAAAAAGUCUCUUCUGUAUUUAACUUGUAAAUAUUUCAGUAACCUUUCACUUGGACUGUGUGAGUCUUUUAUACAAGAUCUGCAAAAAUAAACCAAAGAAUAUCCAAAUAUGCAAAA